CGUACUUACAUUGUUUAUUUCACAUCGGAGGGUGGAUGACAAACAUUCGGCAGUCAUCGUGUUCCACGUCUCAUUUUCCGUCUGUGCAUUGUAAAAAUAAGACCCAUUAGAGUUAAAUAUUCGAUAUUUGUACAAAAUGAUUCAAAAUGUCCUUGUGACUGGCGUGACUCCUUUGUGCAAUACAAAUGAGAUUCACUGUUGGGAAAACAGACCAUUUUCGACAAUUUGGCCCGAAGAUCAACCAAAAGCGGGAAAAAUUACGAGGACGAUAAAGAAGAAGCCAAAACGAAUCCGAACAGCAUUUUCGACAGACCAACUACGAGCACUAGAACGAAGCUAUUCCCGCCACAAAUACAUCGACACAGAGCGACGUCGAGAACUCGCCAGCUCUCUCAACAUCGGCGAGAAAUGCGUCAAAGUCUGGUUCCAGAACAGAAGAAUGAAGGAGAAGAAGGAAUCCUCCGAGUCUAGUAGUGAGUCCUCGAACGAAACGAGGGAAAUGUCUCCUCCAUUGCCACAAGUAGAACCAACGCAAAAUCAAAAUAAUUAUAUUUACUACGAUCCGUAUUACCAACUACCAUAUUUUUAUCCGUAUAUUGGUAAUACUAGUUGUGCAAACGCACACGAAAUACCUUCAGCACCAACUGGUUCUGCUAAUGACAUAGCAUUUUAUAAUGAAGUCAAUGUUUACCCAACACAAUAUUACCCCAGUGUCGAUCAAAAUGUAGAUGCCCAAUAUACAGACUCACAAAAUUAUUGGUCAUCUAAUAAUAAUGAUAUACAUUAUUUUUAACUACACCUU